AUGGCUUCAAGGUCAUAUUCCAAUUUGUUAGAUCUUACUUCAUGUGGCUCGCCGUCGUCUUUCGGUCGGGAGAAGAAAAGGCUUCCUAGAGUAGCAACUGUUGCUGGAGUGUUGUCUGAGUUAGAUGAUGAAACAAAUACCAGUGUUGGCUCUGAUGCUCCUUCGUCUGUUUGUCAAGAAAGGAUGAUUAUUGUUGGUAACCAGCUUCCGGUGAAGGCGCAAAGGAAAGAGGAGAAUGGUAAGUGGGAGUUUACUUGGGAUGAGGAUUCACUUCUUUUACAGCUGAAAGAUGGUCUUGGUGAUGAUGUCGAAACGAUCUAUAUCGGUUGUCUUAAAGAAGAGAUUGAUCCAAUUGAGCAAGAUGAUGUUGCUCAAUACUUGCUUGAUAAUUUCAAGUGUGUACCGACUUUUCUCCCUCCUGAGCUUUUUACUAAAUUCUAUCAUGGUUUUUGUAAGCAACAUCUUUGGCCUUUGUUUCAUUACAUGCUUCCGCUUUCGCCUGAUCUUGGUGGUCGAUUCGAUCGAUCCCUUUGGCAGGCUUAUGUUUCUGUCAACAAGAUAUUUGCUGAUAAAGUGAUGGAAGUCAUUAACCCUGAUGAGGACUUUGUUUGGGUUCAUGACUACCACUUGAUGGUUCUACCAACUUUUUUGCGAAAGAGAUUUAAUCGGGCGAGGCUAGGAUUCUUCCUCCAUAGUCCUUUUCCGUCUUCCGAGAUAUACCGAACGCUUCCGGUUAGGGAUGAACUUCUUAGAGCCCUUCUGAAUUCUGACCUUAUAGGGUUUCAUACUUUUGACUAUGCUAGACAUUUCCUCUCCUGCUGCAGUAGAAUGCUAGGAAUUGCUUAUCAAUCCAAGCGAGGGUAUAUCGGUCUCGAGUACUAUGGAAGAACUGUUAGCAUUAAGAUUCUUCCGGUUGGUAUUCAUAUAGGCCAGCUCGAAUCGGUCAUGAAUCUUUCCGAGACAGAAAGCAAGGUUGCCGAAUUAAGAAACCGGUUCAAAGGUCAAACUGUUAUGCUUGGGGUGGAUGACAUGGAUAUCUUCAAAGGAAUCAGCUUAAAACUUUUGGCCAUGGAACAAUUGCUUUUACAACAUGCUGAUAAGAGAGGAAAGGUUGUUCUGGUUCAAAUCGCAAACCCUGCUAGAGGCCGCGGAAAGGAUGUGCAAGAAGUGCAGUGUGAAACUUAUGCAACAGUGAAAAGGAUAAACGACACAUUCGGAAGGCCUGGAUACACACCCGUCAUCUUGAUCGAUACAACACUGCAAAGUUAUGAGCGGAUUGCUUAUUAUGCAAUUGCGGAAUGUUGUCUUGUUACAGCUGUAAGAGACGGGAUGAACCUUAUACCCUAUGAGUAUAUCAUUUGUAGACAAGGAAAUGAGAAAAUAGACGAGAUCUUAGGAAUAAGCUCGACUAUUCAUAAGAAGAGUAUGUUGGUGGUGUCUGAGUUCAUUGGUUGCUCUCCAUCGUUAAGUGGCGCGAUUCGUGUGAAUCCGUGGAAUAUUGAUGCUGUUGCUGAAGCUAUGGAUUCUGCAUUAAUGGUCCCGGAGUCUGAAAAACAAAUGAGGCAUGAGAAGCAUUAUAGCUUGUGCAGUGACACCAAGAAUUGUGUUUUCCUUGUAAGUGGAAAGGAGAGAAAGACUCUUACUGAAUGGUUUUCUUCUUGCGAGAAGCUUGGACUUGCUGCAGAGCACGGCUAUUUUGUGAGGACAAGUCAUACUGAAGAAUGGGAAGCUUGUGUUUCUGUGCCUGAUUUUGACUGGAAACAGAUCGCUGAGCCAGUUAUGCAGUUAUAUACAGAAACUACUGAUGGUUCUAACAUAGAGUCCAAAGAGAGUGCACUUGUUUGGAAUUACGAAUUUGCAGACCGAGAUUUCGGUUCAUGCCAAGCUAAGGAGCUUCUUGAUCAUCUAGAAAGUGUUCUCGCCAAUGAGCCUGUUUCAGUUAAAAGUGGCCCAAACAUUGUGGAAGUUAAACCUCAGGGUGUGAGUAAGGGUAUUGUAGCGGAACGUCUUCUGACAACAAUGCAACAAAAGGGUGUGAUUCCGGAUUUCGUUCUAUGCAUUGGUGAUGACAGAUCCGAUGAAGACAUGUUUGGAGUAAUAACAAGUGCAAGGGCAUCGCUAUCGCCUAUUGCUGACGUCUUUCCUUGUACUGUUGGUCAGAAACCAAGCAAGGCAAAGUACUACUUGGAAGACACAAGUGAGAUUUUAAGGAUGUUGCAGGGUCUUGCCAAUGCUUCUGAGCAAAGUGCUGCUAGAAAUUCAUCCCAGUUUCCUCAUCAUUAA